CUGAUGACGCCAAAUGCGAAGAAUCAGGGUGGUUCAAUUCCCAGUAACACACACACACAAUGCUGACUUGGAUAAGAAAGGCUCACUGACUGGACACAUCUCCCGUAAUUAACCAGUAGGGCACCAGGAUCGGGAUUAGCUGUAGAGAUUGGCGCCUGCUCGAGAGUUAAUAUUGUUUUCUCUUUUAGUGGUCUGUUUCCGGCGAAUCACAAGUGGCUGCGUCUAGGAAGCCUGUCCCGCGCGGCCUGCCGUAGCGCUCUCCUCCGCCCUGUCCAGGCGAACAUGGCGGCCCCCGAGUCUGGGCCGGCUUUGAGUCCUGGUAUCGCCGAGGGCGAGGAGGAGACCAUUCUUUACGACUUGUUAGUCAACACCGAGUGGUCUCCGGAGAUAGAGGUGCAGCCUCGAGGUAACCGAAAACAAGGUGCAUCAUUUAUCAUCACAAAAGCAAUCAGAGAUCGCUUAUUAUUCUUACGGCAAUACAUCUGGUACAGCCCUGUACCUUUUUUGCUUCCUGAUGGCCUGGUCCGCUUGGUGAAUAAACAGAUAAACUGGCAUUUGGUACUUGCAAGCAACGGGAAGCUUCUGGCUGCUGUUCAGGAUCAGUGUGUGGAAAUCAGGUCUGCAAAAGAUGAUUUUACGUCUAUUAUUGGGAAAUGUCAAGUUCCAAAAGACCCCAAGCCCCAGUGGAGGCGGGUGGCGUGGAGCUACGAUUGCACGCUGCUGGCCUACGCGGAGAGCUCAGGCACCGUGCGGGUGUUCGACCUCAUGGGAAGCGAGCUCUUCGUCAUCUCUCCGGCAUCUAGUUUUGUGGGCGAUUUGAGCUGUGCCAUCGCUGGGUUAAUAUUUUUAGAAUACAAAGGCAGUGCACAGUGGUCAGCAGAACUCCUGGUCACCAAUUACCGCGGAGAACUCAGAAGUUACCUCGUAAGUGUUGGAACAAACCAGAGCUACCAAGAGAGUCACAGUUUCAACUUCAGUAGUCAUUAUCCUCAUGGAGUCAACACUACGAUUUACCAUCCUGCUCACAGACUCCUGCUGGUCGGUGGCUGUGGGGACGCUGAGGCGGGCGUCUCGAAGGCAGUCAGCUGCGGCCUGUCUGCGUGGAGAGUCCUCUCGGGAUCGCCGUAUUACAAGGAGGUCACCGGUGGUAGAGACAGGGUCACUGUGGCACCAAAGACACUGGGACUACUAAGGAUGUUAAGCACCAAGCUUUAUAGCCGCCAGGGCCAAGAACAGGAUGGGAUCUUCAAGAUGAGCCUCUCUCCGGAUGGGAACCUGCUCGCAGCCAUCCACUUCUCGGGGAAGCUCAGUGUCUGGGCUGUGCCAUCCCUUAGGCAGCUGCGCGCGUGGGAGCAGAGUGAGCAGCCAGGCUAUGAUGACCUUAAUCCUGAUUGGAAGCUCUCUACUGAGAAGAGAAAAAAAAUAAAAGAUAAGGAGUCCUUGUACCCGCUGAUAGAUGUCAAUUGGUGGGCAGAUGGUGCGGUGACUUUGGCUCGAUGCUCUGGUGCUCUAACCAUUUUCUCCGUGAAAACUUUGAAGAAUUUACUCGGAAGAUCCUGUGAAUGGUUUGAACCAUCACCCCAAGUCACUGCUACCCACGAUGGGGGAUUUUUAAGUUUGGAGUGUGAGAUUAAACUCGUCCCCAAACGCUCUCGUUUGGAGCUGAGAGCUGGAGACGAAGAUGACGGAGAAGAGGAAUCUGACUCUGAUCACGAAACAUCCGCCAAGGCUCGCUACUUCAGUUAUAUAAAGCAGGGCCUUUACUUGGUGACGGAGAUGGAGCGAUUUGCACCUCCACGGAAGCGGCCUCGGACCAUUAUGAAAAACUACCGCCUCGUGAGUCUGCGCUCCACGACCCCAGAGGAGCUGUAUCAGAGAAAGAUCGAAAGCGAAGAGUAUGAGGAAGCCUUGUCUUUGGCUCACACCUAUGGCCUGGAUACGGACCUCGUCUAUCAGAGGCAGUGGAGGAAGUCAGCUGUCAACGUUGCCUCCAUUCAGAAUUACCUGAGUAAAAUAAAGAAGCGAUCCUGGGUACUCCAUGAGUGUUUGGAGAGAGUUCCUGAAAAUGUGGAGGCAGCCAAAGAGCUGCUGCAGUACGGUUUAAAAGGCACAGACCUAGAGGCCCUCCUUGCUCUGGGGAGAGGAGCAGAUACCGGCAGGUUUACCCCGCCUGGUGACGUGGACAUCGACGGCAUUUCCUAUGAGGGGCCCGCACAACCUGCGGAGGAGCCUCCCAGGAAGCAGAAGGAGAAGGCGCUCAGGAGGAGACGUGAGCUACUUAAACUAGUGAACUUCUCAGAGUUGACCCUGGAACAGAAGGAACUUUGCCAUUGUAGACUGAAAUUACUGACUUACUUAGAUCGACUUGCAACAUACAAGGAAAUCCUAGCAGUGCCUCAUGCCUCCGAGCAGAGAUACGACUCUGAGUUCUUUAAGACGUUCAGGAGGCAGAAUAUUGUUCUCUCAGCAAGAACUUAUGCUCGGGAGAGCAAUGUGGCAGCCCUGGAGAUUCUGUUCACUUACCACGGCCCUGACCUUCUUGCCCACCGCCUGGCGAUUCUCUCCAACUUCCCAGAAACCACUUCCCCACACCACUACUCUGCGCUGCUGCCUGAAGCGUGUCGUCACGGUGACUCCUUGGCGAUCAUUCCUUGGCAUGAGCGGAAACACCGAGCUAAAGAUUGGUGCGAGGAGGCGCAGUGCAGAAUGGUUGUUGAGCCAGGACUGCAGGAUGAAAGCGAGUUCCUGUACUCUGCACAGCCUGAGUUGCUGCGGUUCCGGACCCCACGGCUGGCGGUGGAGGAGGUGAUAGACUGGUACCGGAGCAGGGCUGAGGAGAUCGAGCACCACGCUGGCCAGGUGGACUGUGCGCUGUCCCUCACGCGCCUGGGCAUGGAGCGGCAGAUCCCCGGUCUGCUGGACCUGUGUGACGACCUGGUCACCCUGGAGACGCUGGUCUACGAAGCUGGCUGCGAUUUAACCUUGACCUUGGAAGAACUCCAGAAGAUGAAGGACACUGAGAAGCUGAGAUUACUGAUGAGCAGCUGUUCCGAGGACAAAUACGUGACGAGUGCCUACCAGUGGAUGGUGCCCUUCCUGCACCGCUGUGAGAAGCAUUCUCCCGGGGCGGCCAGGGAGCUGCUGAGAGAAUAUCUAGUAACUUUAGCUAAAGGAGACCUAAGGUUUCCCCUGAAGAUAUUUCAGCAUUCCAAACCAGAUCUACAGCAAAGAAUCAUUCCCGAUCAGGACCAGUUGAUGACCACAGCGCUGGAGUGCAUCUACAGCUGUGCACGCAGUGACCAGCUCCCUCUGUGCUACGGCAUCCUGGAGUGUCUGCCGCAGAGAGGGCGCGGUCAGAAGACACAGGUAACCUCAGCUCUUCACGACAGGGUGGACCAGCUGGAACGGAUUCUCAGUGUGUCGGAGCUUUUGGAAAAACAUGGAAUUGAGAAGCCGAUUUCCUUCGUUAAAGACACUCAGUCCAGUGCAGAAGAGGCACGCAAGCUGAUGGUGAGGCUGACCAGGCACACUGGCCAGAAGCAGCCUCCGGUGGGGGAGUCGCACUGGAGGGCGUUGCUGCAGGACAUGCUCACCAUGCAACACAGUGUGUACACCUGCCUGGAUCCCGGCGCCUGCCACGAGAUCUUCACGGAGAGCCUGCUGUGCUCCAGUCGAUUGGAGAACGUCCAGCUGGCCGGGCAGAUGAUGCACUGCCAGGCUGGCUCAGCCGACCCUCCGGCCAGCGCAGCCCAGAAGGGGAGGCUGCAGUACCAGGUCGGUUAUGAGAAAAGUGUGGACCUGGUCCUGGCUGCCAGCAGGGAGUACUUCAACUCCUCCACCAGCCUCACGGACAGCUGCAUGGACCUGGCCAGGUGCUGCUUACAGCUGAUAGCAGAUAGGCCCACUGCCAUUCAAGAAGAGCUCGACCUAAUCCAGGCUCUUGGGUGUCUGGAAGAGUUUGGGGUGAAGAUCCUGCCUUUACAAGUGCGAUUGUGCACUGACCGGAUCAGCCUUAUAAAAGAAUGUAUUUCCCAGUCCCCUAUGUGCUACAGACAGUCUGCCAAGCUUCUCAGCCUUGCUGAGUUGCUGAGGGUUGCAGGUGAAGACCCGGAAGAGCGACGUGGGCAGGUUCUGAUCCUGUUAGCAGAGCAGGCUCUUUGCCUCCAUGACUACAAAGUGGCCAACGUGCACUGUCAGGAGCUGAUGGCUGCAGGUUACCCUCAAAGCUGGGACGUCUGUAGCCAGUUGGGACAGUCAGAAGGUUACCAGGACCUGGCCACUCGACAAGAGCUCAUGGCUUUCGCUCUGACACAUUGUCCACCUGGCAGCAUCGAGCUGCUCCUGGCAGCCAGCAGCUCUCUGGAGGCUGAAAUUCUUUACGACAGAGUGAAUUCCCAAAUCCAGCCAGAAGGAGGAGAGAGUGUCAGUGUCUCACCAUUGGUUGGCAGGGUGCCACAUGAGGCUGAGCUGGGUGUCCCAGGCAGCGGCUCAGCUGAUCUAUUGAGCUGGACCACUGCCACCACCAUGAAAGUCCUUUCCAACACCACAACGACCACCAGGGCGGUGCUGCAGGCCGUGAGCGACGGACAGUGGUGGAAGAAGUCUCUGACUUACCUGCGCCCCCUCCAGGGGCAAGAAUUUGGGGGCUGUUAUCGAGCUGGAGCCAGAGCCAAUGAAGACUUAGAAAAACAAGGGUGUCAUCCUUUUUAUGAAUCAGUCAUCUCUAAUCCCUUUGUCACUGAGUCUGGUGUGACCUAUGACACCUAUCAUCGUGUCCCCGUGGAAAGCUUUGCAGAGGUGCUGCUGAGGACUGGGAAACUGGCUGAGGCUGAGACGGAAGGGAAAGACAAAGACGCGUUUCCAACCACGGAAGUUCUCUUACAGCUAGCGAGCGAUGCUUUGCCCAGUGACAUGACCUUGGCCCUCGCCUACCUCCUCGCCUUGCCACAGGUGUUAGACGCAAACAGGUGCUUUGAGAAGCAGUUGCACUCGGCGUUGUCUCUGCAGCUGGCAGCGUAUUACUACAGCCUGCAGAUCUAUGCCCGCCUGGCACCGUGCUCUGGGGACAGCUGCCACCCCGUAUACAGAGCCCAUCCCAAAGAGCUGAUCAGGAUGGUCACCAGCUAUGUGACUCGCCGAGGACACGAAGCCUGGCCUGAGGAACUGGCCUCGCUCACUGCGCAGUUGCACUACUACAACGAGAGGCUGCUGGACUUCACGCAGGCACAGCUCCUGCAGGGCCUCGGGAAGGGCGUGGAUGUGCAGCGGUUCACCGCUGACGAUCAGUACAAGAGGGAGACCAUCCUCGGGCUGGUGGAAACCCUGGAGGAGAAUAUCCUUGGCAUCGCUCUCUCCCUGGCACAGCGGAAUGGCGUCUCCUGCUGGGAAGUCUUAAUGACCCACUUGGAGUUCCUGUUCACAGACAGUGGUUUGUCCACUGCAGAAAUUGAGCAGCGGGCCCAGGCCCUUCACCUCUUUGAGACUCUGAAGACAGAUCCUAAAGCCUUUCACAGGCACAUGGCCAAGUACAUCUACCCCUCCAUUGGUGGCCUUGACCACGAGAGGCUUCUGUAUUAUUUCACCCUCCUGGACAGCUGUGGCUGCACGAACUUUGGGAACCCAGCCAUGAAGCCCGAUACCCACAUUAGGCUGCUGAAGAAGUUUAAAGUCGUUGCAGCAGGACUUAAUUACAAAAAGCUGACAGACGGAAGCACGAGUCCUCUUGAAGCCUUGGAGCCGGUUCUCUCAAGUCAGAAUAUCUUACCCAUUUCUAAACUCGCACCCAAAAUCCUUGGGAAGGACGGAGGGACACUCUCUGCGAGCUCACUGUACACCAUCUGGCUGCAGAAGCUGUUCUGGACGGGGGACCCUCACCUGCUCAAGCAGGUCCCCGCAUCCGCCCCAGAUUGGCUUUGCGCCUAUGAUGUCUGCGUGAAGUACUUCGAUCGUCUGCACCCGGGUGACCUCAUCACGGUGCUGGAUGCAGUUACGUUUUCUACAGAAGCUGUGACCAAGCUGCCUGUGGAGGUUCGAGAAGAGAUGACCAGGAAGGCUAUCGCCAUGGUCACAAAUUUGAUGGAGAAGCCACGGAAGAGGAAUUCAGAAGACAGCGUUCAGGAGGCCAGCACUUCUGCGCUCACUUAUGCUGAUGCUUUGGGCCACUUGCAGAAGUCGCUCGCCCACCUGGGGACGCUGGGCCACAGCUUCGUCCUCUCCCUAAAGAACAGCGAGCAGGAAGCACUGCAGAGAUACAGUGACCUGUACGACCGGUCCCGAUCGGAAAAGGGACCGCUUCGCAACCUCACUGUGACCAUGUGUUUGGAGGGCCAGCCGCUGGGCACGAUUCGGCAGCUGCUUGAGGUGGCGGUCGGCCCCCAGGACAUGUGCCCCAAGGAUGUUGUGCAAAGUGCAAUUGUGAAAAUAAUUUCUGUGUUGAGUGGUGGCAGUGCUGACCUAGGAGGGACGAGGGACCCGCUCCAGGUCCUGGAGGGCGUGGUCACAGCCGUGCGUGCCAGUGUGGAUGCGGGGGAGCAGCUGGUGGCUCCAGAGGACCUGCUGGAGUGGCUGCGGCCCUUCUGUGAAGACGAUGCCCUCCCUGUGCAGCCCCGAGUCCGCGCACUGCAGCUCUUGGAGCAGUCCUUCCGCCUGACAGAGGAGGACAGCAGGCUCCUGGUGUUCUUCCGGACAGAGGCCAUCCUCAAAGCUGCCUGGCCCGGGAGACAGGUGGACAUCGCCGACGUCACGAGCGAGGAGCAGCGCUGCGCCCUGUUCACGGAGCUCCUGGGCGGCAGCAGCAGCGUGGCCGAGUUCCAGCACCUGGCCCUGCUCCUUCACGCCUGGCCCCCCAUGAGGAGUGAGUGCAAAGCCGGCCUGACUGGGAACCCGUGGCUGAGGCUGGCGGCCGUGAUGCUAAACAAAUGGCCAGCGCAGAGCGAGGAGGACGUGGGGGACGAGGUGCUGAAGAUGUGCCGCUCACUGAACCACACCGAGCAGAUGCUGCCGGCCGAGGGUGUGAAGGAGCUGUGCCUUCUGCUGCGAGACCGGGCCCUGCCGCUACCGUCCCUGAAGCUGCUGCUGGAACGGCCGGAGCCGGAGCUCCACGCCCUGGCACUAGAGCAGGUCGCCGCCAUCACGCAGUGCAUCCUUCUUGGUUUUAAAAACUCACUAAAGCCUCACCACGAACAACCUUGGUUUGGGCCUAUGAAUACAAACCAAACACCAAAGCCGAUUUCCUGGAAUUGCCCUGUGGGGCCUGCGUGGAGGACGGUGCUGCUCGCUGUGUCCACUGUGUCCGAGACUCUGAGGACAGAGGCCCUGCCGUCUGCGUGGAGGUGGACGACUCCAACUGUGACCUGGAGCUGCUGUCCCUGCUGCUGGACGCCGGGCUGCUGGUGCCUUGCGUCCCCACUCCCUUCUACCCUCGUCUCGUCCGCCACCUGCUGGCCCAGCAAGGCCGCUGGGAUGCGGAGCAGCUGGCAGCAAAGCUUCAAGCAGCCGGGCACGAGGCUGAGGCGGGCUCGCUCCUGCUGGCUGUGCGGGGCACACACCGGGGCCUGAGGACCUUCCGCGCUGCCCUGGUCACCGGGCAGCCCUGAAUGUGAGGCUGAGAGACCUGGCUCUCAGCCAAGGCCGUCCCCAGCACUGCAAAUCAAGCUGAGCCCCUGUCAGCAUCCAGACUGCUUCUCCUGAUCCUGCUGGAUUCACACAUGCUCCCAGGGACUGAUUCUUUCUUCCCUGCUUUCUUUCCAUUUCUAUCUCUUCGGCCUAGAAUACAAACCACAGAGUGUGUCAGCUGAGCCUCAGGACGUCGUGUGGUGUGUGCCUGUGUGCACAGGGAGAGGGUGAGGAGUGGACAGUGGCUGGGUCAGUGCUGUGGGGUAGAGCAAGCCUAGACCUGGGUCUAAGUCUCGGGUUAAGGGAACUGGGCGUGCUGGUGCACGUGUCUGGGAGGCUGAGUCUGGAGGGUCCCAAGUUCUAGCCCUGCCUGGGCGGCCUAGCGAGAUACCAUCUAAAAAUAAAAAGGGGUUGAGGAUGUAGCUCUGCGGGGCGUGAUCAGGGAGGAGGAAGGAUACAGACUCCCUUCCGGCUCCUCCCUUCUCUGCUUCCUGGCCAGCUGUGCUCCCGGAUCCCUCCGCUGGGGAGAACACAGUCCGCGUGACAUUCUGCUGAUCGCUCGUUCUUCACGUGAGAAAUCAGUGUGACAACCUGACUGUGGGUUGGUAAACCGAGGCCCGGGGUUGAAGGGCCUUGUUCCAGGACAGCGGUGAGUUGGGGUCCCCACAUAGAGCCCUGUAACCCUGAGGAGGCAGGGAUUUCCUCUGAGAAACUGCAGUGCUGGGACUCAGUCCUGCUCCUCACAAACUGCGCGUGCAAAGUUUACACCGAUUCUGUGGAGCAAAAGAGAAGCUGAAGUAGGGAAAGGGCCGUGCCCUUCGGGACCCUGGAAGCUCCCUCUGCGUGCAGCUGGUCUCAGGGCCCCUGUUCUCGCCCGCCCGUUCCCUGCUGCUGUCACAGCUCCUUUCCCCGGGCUGGGAAGCUCCUCCUGCACCCGGUAAACCGGUGUGCAGCCCUUGUGUUGACCCUCAGCAUAACCAGAGCACCUUUACUCUCUGCUUGUCUCAGCCGCAAAAAUAAUACAAGGUGCAGUGUGCUGAGCUCCUGUAUUCACGCAAGGUCCCAGGCACCAGUGACCUGGGAUGCCGGCAGGGAGAUCCGCUCCCUUCCUGUAACGGGAAGCACAGAGAGCUUGUCCACUUUCCGGACUUGAACUCCUGGCCCUCUGACUCUGUGCACCCUGGGAAUUCUGGCUUUGUGGGCACUGCUGAAAAUCUUACCACUUGAUACUUGGGGUCAGCUGGGGACCACAGACAGCAUCUGCUUCUAUCAAGCAGAUAACCCGAACUACAGCCAGGAUCUGUUAGGCAGAAGAGAAGCUACCUGAACCCUGAGUUUUCACUUCUUGUUAAAGUGAGAGUUUUAUCAUCCUGAUCUAGGGAAAGGGUGCUCCCUUUUAGAAAAAAGCUCUGAGCUGGGUGUGGUGGUGCAACUGAGUAAUACCAGCACUGGGAGGCUGAGGUGGGAGGAUU